UGUUGUAUUAGUAGUCUAUCUGACUGAACCUUGCCAAAUUACAUUUGUAGUUUUAAUUUACUUUAAAUUUGAAAAAAAGUACAAUUUUGAUUUGUUGUUAAUUUCAGAUAUUAUGUCUAGGCGGACACCAAAUCAGGGUAUAUCUUUGCGACGCUUUUUACUGCAGACGGUUCGCUUAGCUGAAAGUAACCGUAAUCAAAUAUUAAACGAUGUGGAAUGUGGACAAAUAGCAGAAGAAUCUCCGGAUACGGUAAAGAACGAAUCCCAUUUUAUAAAUAUUGAUUUAUCGUGUGAUAAACCUGCCGAUGGGGAAUCGACUGACAAUCAGGAAAUAUGCAACAUUUGUUUUACACAAGAAAAUUCCGACGUCCCAUUUUUUACUCUAGAACUUUGUGGCCACAAGUUUUGUACAUGUUGUUUAAUUAAGUAUCUGAAAAAUGAAAUAAGUGAAUCCCGCACAGAUAUAGCUUGUCCUCAAUGCUCAAUUGGAAUUCAUCCGAACAAUGUGGAACAAUUACUACAAGACCACAAUGAUAUAAAAAAUAAGUAUCACGAUUUCACAAUAAGAAGAUAUCUAAUUACUGAUCCUGACUGUCGAUGGUGCCCUGCCCCAGACUGCAACUAUGCCGUACUUGCAACAGGAUGCGCAUCCUGCCCAGAAAUCAAAUGUGAGCGACCGAACUGUGGUACGCGUUUCUGCUAUCAUUGCAAGGCUGUUUGGCACCCCGAUCAAACGUGUGAUGCCGCCCGAAGUACACGUCAAAAAAAUGCACUUACCUCCUCCGGUACGUUUGCAUUAGAGAUGACUGAUGAAAUAAAGCCAUGUCCUAGAUGUCAAGUUUUAAUCGUUAAAAUGAAUGAUGGUUCAUGCAAUCAUAUGGCAUGUUCCUUAUGUGGUUCAGAGUUUUGUUGGCUAUGUAUGAAAGAAGUUAGCGACCUACAUUAUUUAAGUCCCUCUGGGUGUACUUUUUGGGGUAAAAAGCCAUGGUCUAGAAAGAAGAAAAUUGUAUGGCAAAUCGGCACCCUUAUAGGAGCGCCAGUUGGUAUAGCACUUUUGGCUGGAAUUGCUGUGCCAUCCAUUGUAAUUGGUGUGCCAGUAUGGGCGGGAAGAAAACUAUUAAACAAAUACAAAGCGACACAAAGAAAGAAACGUAACAUAUCCGUUGCAAUUGGCGUAACGGCAUCGAUAUUAGUUGCACCAAUUUUAGCUGGUCUUGCUAUUGCUGUUGGGGUACCUAUACUUUUAUUUUAUGUAUAUGGUAUAGUGCCAGUAUCUCUUAUUAGAGCCGGAUGCGGUAAUUCCAAAAACGAUGAUCUGAAAUUUGAUGAAAAAAUGUCAAAUAGUUACGCAGCCCAUUAUAAUGUCGAUAACAAAAGCAUUAACAACGAGGAUUCUAGCACGACUGAACCAUCUAAGAAUCCUGAUGAUAGCAGCAUAUGCGAGGAAAGCAGUAAUAGUGGCUCAUGUGAUGUGAAAAUCGAAGACUCUUGCGUAAAUCACGAUUCAAUAUCGAAAUGCACUGAAACUCUUGGAGUCUCUGAAUGUGUUCCAUCGAAUAGCUCGUCCGCUAUUGAUAAUAGCAAAUCAAUUAAAAAUAAUAAUACAACAUCCAGCAUUAUAUUAGCCGGAUCUGUAACCAAUUAUAAAGGUUAACCCAUGACAAGGCUUAUUCGCAUGAUACUACUUGAAAUUUAAUUAGAAAUUUCUUCAGUCCUCCGAAAUCAAUCGUCGAUGUGCUAUUCACACUUGUAAAUUUCUGCUUUUUAUUGAUUGUUUUCAUCUCUGCACAAAUCUUCCAAUACACUAACUUUAUAGUGCCAAUAAAUAUUAAUAUAAUAAAUAUUA